AUGACCAUGUACCAACUCGACUCCAAUGCUUCUUUCCUCAUGGCAGCAGGAAGUGAAACACUAGCGACAGUUCUCACACAUGCAGUCUUCCAGCUUCUAACAAAUCCGAGAACUCUGGAGAAGCUUACAGCAGAAAUUCGCACUAAAUUCACAUGCGCAGCAGAUAUAAAUAUGUCGAGCGUCAACGGGUGCAAAUACCUACUAGGCUGUAUCGAAGAGACUAUGAGAAUUCAAGCGCCUUCUCCCUCCACGCAUCCCCGAUACACAAAUGGUACUGGCGCAGUGAUCGGUGGGUUUCAAGUGCCGGGGAAUGUAGCAGUCGGAAUCCCCAUUUACGCGGCGUGCAAAAGUAGCCUCAACUUCUACGAUGCAGAGAGCUAUGUGCCCGAGAGAUGGACAGGGGAAGAUCCGCUCUAUGAUCACGACCUAAGAGAGGCCGCACGAGUGUUUUCACUUGGACCUCGGGACUGUCUUGGGCAGAGCUUGGCAUAUGCUGAGCUGAAAUUGGUGAUUGCGCGAUUGGUGUGGCAUUUUGACUUGGAAGCACGCUUCGACGCGAACUGGUCAGACCAAAAGGUCUAUAUGCUCUGGGAGAAGACACCUUUCAUGGUAAAGCUGGCGCCGGUACAGGGCAGCUGGGCAACCUGA